AUGAAGCGCAUCUUCUCCUGCUCCAGCUCACAGGUGGCGGUGGAGAGAUGGAACCGCCGUGAUCAGAAGCUGCUGGAGGCAGUGCAGCGGGGGGACGUGGGGCGCGUGGCUGCCCUGGCCUCCAGGAAGUCUGCCCGACCCACCAAGCUAAACUCCAACGGCCAGUCCCCGUUUCACCUGGCGGCCUCCAAAGGCCUGACGGAAUGCCUGACUAUACUGCUUGCAAACGGGGCCGACAUCAACAGCAGGAACGAGGACGGAAGCACCGCCCUGCACUUGGCCACCAUCUCCUGCCAGCCACAAUGUGUCAAGGUCCUGCUCCAGCACGGUGCCAAUGAAGAUGCUGUGGAUGCGGAAAACCGUAGUCCGUUGCACUGGGCAGCCUCCUCGGGCUGUGCCUCAAGUGUGCUCCUGCUGUGUGACCACGAAGCCUUCCUGGACGUCCUGGAUAACGAUGGACGCACACCCUUGAUGAUCGCCUCCCUGGGUGGUCACGCAGCUAUCUGCUCACAGUUACUGCAGAGAGGCGCCCGAGUGAAUGUCACCGACAAGGAUGACAAAUCGGCUCUGAUCCUGGCCUGUGAGAAAGGCAGCGCCGAAGUGGCCGAGCUGCUCCUGAGCCAUGGAGCCGACGCGGGGGCGGUGGACAGCACCGGGCACGAUGCUCUGUAUUACGGUCUGCGCACACAAGACAAGGCCCUGUGGAAGCUGCUGCAGCAGGCCAUGACCUGGCGGCGGGGAGGUCAGGGGCCAGUUCAACACCCAGAUGUGGCAUCUAAGGCCUCUCCGUCCGAACCUCAGGUGGGCUCUCCACCUAAGAGCUCACGGGGAGCGGGGCCCAAGGAGGAGCAGGGAGAAGAGGGGCAGGAAGAUGCUUGUUCAGAGGAGUGGAAGUGGAAGUAUGAAGAGGAGCAGAGGAAAGUUGCUCAGUUGGAGCAGGAGCUGGCGCGAAAGACAGAGGAGUGUAGAGCUCAAGCUGCAGCCUACCUGGGCCUGGAGAACCAGAUUCGAGAACAGGCGCAGGAGCUGGGGCUCCUGCUCUCCCAAGAGCCCAGAUCUCCAGGAGGGCGGAGUUCCAGUGUCCGUCCCGGAGGGGAUGGCAUGGAGCAGGGUUGUCCUCUGGACCUGCUGGCUGAGGGAAUACAACAGCUAAGGAGGCAGCAGCAGGCAGUAGCCACAGCCUCAGCCACAGCCUCAGCCAACCCAGUGUUAGCCCCCAAGAAGACCAAAGAUUCAGCCCCAGGGGCGAUGGAUUAUGAAGCACAUGGAAGGCCCCAACUGGAAGAACAGGAGCCACCCCAGAGUCCAGUGUCUGAGAUCACGGGGAAAGCCACAGGACAGCAACCGGCGACUGACAGCGGACAGGCCCCUGGCCCUGAUCAUGCUGACCAGCCGCGUGCUGGCCAGAAGGAGAGGCUGCGGACCCCGGGGGCUGAAACAACAGACACUGGGGCUGAAGCAGUGGGCACAACAGCCCUGAACCAGCUCCUGCUACAGCUGAGGGAGGAGCUGGCUGCUGUGUGGCGAGAAAAGGAUGCUGCCCUGGGGGUUUUGUCGAGGCCGGUGCUGGAGGGAGUCCUGGGGACACCCCGGGCUGAGGCUGCAGCGGCUGCCUGGGAGAGAAUGGAGGCCAGGUUGGAGCAGGUGCUGGUGAGGCUGCACCGGGCCCAGGCGGGACUGCGAGAGGAACCUGUGAGCCCCGCUCAAGAGCCUAGGGAAGGAGCCCCAAAGGCAGGCUCAGAAACCAGCACCACAGAAGAUGAAGAGAGGGAGAAAAGGGUUCUGGGGUCCCGGGGGGAGCCUCUAGGGGCCCCUGGCAGGAAACAGGUGCCCGGAGGAGGGCUGGCCAAGGGACCCCUGGAGGAGGAGGUGUCGGCCCUGAGACUGAGCAACAGGACCUUGCUAGAGGAGCUGGGGGAGCUGGGGCGGGAGAGGCAGCGCUUGCAAGGGGAGCUGCAGUCCCUGAGCCAGCGGCUGCAGCGGGAGUUCGUGCCCAAGCCCGUGGCACAGGUCCAGCUCCAGCAGUUGCACAGGAGUGUGGAGCUGCUGACAGACGAACUGGCCCUGGAGAAGGAAGCCACGGAGAAGUUGCGCAAGCACCUGGCCUCCCAGAGCAGUGGCCUCCGAGGGCUGUGGGACUGCCUGCCCCAAGACCUGGUGGGCAAGGGGAGCGCGCCGGGCCCGGGAGCCGAGCCGCUGGAGGAGCUGCAGGCCUGCAUCCGCACCCUGGUGGCCAGGCACCGGGAGGCCCAGCAGGCGCUGGCUAGGCUGGAGGAGGAGAACCGGGGGCUGCGGGGAUCCCCGGCCCCAUGCGGGGAACCAGGCACCUCCUCAAAGGUGCCAGCAGCCCCUGACGUGGCCGCUUUAGAGCAAGACUUGGGGAAGCUGGAGGAAGAGCUGCGCGCCGUUCAGGCCACGAUGAGCGGGAAGAGCCAGGAGAUCGGGAAGCUGAAGAAGCUGCUCUACCAGGCGACCGAGGAAGUGGCCGAGCUGCGGGCCCGCGAGGCGGCCAGCCUGCAGCAGCAGGAGAAGACGCGGAGCUCGCUGGUGGCCCAGGCCCAGGCCUGGGGCCAGGAGCUGAAGGCUCUGCUGGAGAAGUACAACACCGCCUGCCGGGAGAUGGGCCGGCUGCAGGAGGCCGUGGCCGAGGAGCGCGGCCGGAGCGGGGCCCUGGCGGCCCGGGCCACNGAGCAGGAGCGCCAGGCCAGCGAGAUGCGCGGGCGCUCGGAGCAGUCGGAGAGGACAGUGGGGCAGCUGACGCAGAAGGUGGAGCGUCUCUGGGGGGCUUGCCAGGACAAGGAGGCCAAGAUCAAGGAGUUGUUGAAGAAGCUGGAACAGCUUUCAGAGGAAGUCCUAGCAGCUCGGGGAGAAAAUGCCCGCCUUGCCUCGAAGCUGCAGGAUUCUCAGAAGAACCAUGAAGAGAUCAUCUCUACCUAUAGAAACCAUCUGCUGAAUGCUGCUCAGGGCUACAUGGAACAAGAUGUAUACAAUAUCCUACUGCGAAUCCUCAGCACGCAGGAGAAGAGAGGCUGCACGGGCCCUGAGGGGGCCGGGAUUCCCCUCUAGUGAGGUGUGGGCUGAGGCUGACUUCGGAAGGAGCUUGGAGAAAGACCUUGGGAAAGGAGGCUACGGUGGAGUUGGAGCCUCCUU